GUUAUUUUUAGAACAAAAUUACUAUAUUUAUAUUUAGCUUUUAAACAUGGUUAAUGAAAUAAACAACGCCCACAGAUUCUUCUUGCAAGUUUUUAUAUCCAAAAGACUUCUAUCAGAAGCAGAGGCAUUGGAAGUCUAUUAUAACGCUUUAAAAAAGUAUGCAGUCGAUGCACCUGCUAACAAUUUUUCAAGUUUUGUAUAUACUAUCAACAAGCAAAUAGAAUACUUAUAUAUGGAGAUUAAACGUGGCAGAGCUGAACACAAUGGAAAAGUGUUUUUUGCUUUGGUAAACACAGUUGAAGAUAGUCAUUCGAAAAUGGCAACUGAUCUUUCGCCACAUGAAAUGGAGUAUGUCCAAAAAAUUAUUGAGACUUUAGUUUCUUCUGAAUAUCGAAAUAUCUCUUCAAUUGAUAUUUUAAACCUUGGUGCUGAACUUGGAAAUAAAAUCCCAACUGCAAUUGCAGAGGAUAUUGUUUCGAGGUUAACAGCAAGAGGGUGGUUUACUGAGCUUUCUGGCCAUAUUUCAUUUGGUCCACGUGCAGUAAUUGAGCUCAGUCAUUACAUAAAGGACAAAUUUCAAAACCAAAUUACUGAUUGUCCACUAUGUAACGACUGUGUUAUAUUGGGUGACAAAUGUGAAAGCUGUGAGAAACGAUAUCAUAAGUAUUGUAUUGCUACAGUUUUUCAAAACGUUGAUGUAUCUGACCGAAACUGCCCAUCUUGUAAAGUAUGUUGGACUAAUCAUGUUAUUAGUAUUCCGAAAGGAGAUAAUUUAAACAAAGAAGAAUUAAUGAUUUCAGUGGAAAAGAAAAAGCGCAAAAAAUAGACUAAUGAUCAAAAUUUCAUAUCAAGAUUAUUUUCUGGAUCUUUUUCUGACAAGAUAUUGGAUGUUCUCAAACAAACAAUUUUCUUAUGUUCUCAAACAAACAAUUUACUUACAUCAUUAAUUAAUAACUUUAUGUUAUGAACAUCAUAAAAUAAAAUUUUUAUAAAUUGUUUAUUAUAGUUAAAUAACAAAAAGUUUUUUUAUUA